UCACUCAAUUCCUAUCAUUUGUGCAUACAUUUGGCCCAGAUAUAUCCGAAACCUUGCUCUGGCUCGUUGUUACCCUCCCGUAUCUGCAGCAUGGCACAGUCUGUGGAAUGGCAGAAGAUGCUCCGGGGAGAGCUGUACUGGGCAUGGGAUGAAGACCUGCAGGCCAACAGAACUCGAUGCAAGAAGGCGUGUGAAGCCUUCAAUGCUGCAGCUCACGAGCCUAAGCGCCGGCGUGUCGAGCUAUGGAGAAACAUCGUUGGGGACACCCGGCCUUUACCACCUGUCAAUCCCGACCCUAAGGAGGAUGAGGCGCUCUUUGAGGAUACAGAUCCCCACGUUGACGGGCCCAUCUCGGUCGACCAUGGGAUCAAUUUCAAGGUUGGCAAGGGGACAUUCCUGAAUUUCAACCUGCUCGUUUUGGAUACCUGCUUGAUCACCAUUGGUGAUAACGUUCUUUUUGGCCCCAAUGUCUGCCUCUACGGUGCCAUCCAUCCUGUUGAUCCAGCAGUCCGCAACGGCCUCAAGGGCCCUGAGGCUGGCAAGGAGAUCCAUAUUGAAGACCACGUUUGGAUUGGAGGUAGUGUCCUCAUUCUGGCGGGCGUGACGGUUGGCAAAGGCAGCACUGUCGGAGCAGGCUCGGUGGUCACCAAGGUUCGCCACCACUUCUUCUUGGUCCCCGUAGCGCUUUCGCAUAUCGUUGCUAACAGCAGCCAACAGGACGUGCCCCCUUAUCAUUUCGUGGCGGGAAACCCUGCCAGAGUCAUACGUCGUAUAGAAACAACAAUGGAUCCGGAGUACAGGGGUGACAAGCAAGCUGCCUAG